AUGAAAGAGAAUUUUUUUACUAAAGUAAAUGAGAAAUUAUGCAAAUGUGUAGGAAUUUGCACCACACCCAAGCGGUGUCAUAAAGAAGCAGUGAGAGAAACGUUGUCUGAACUUUUUAGAAAGAAUCGACUUCCUGGAUAUUACUCAGAACCAAAUUAUGGCAAUAAGAAGUCUAGAAAGAAAAUUAAACAGAUAGAUAAAGAAAUGGAAGUUGCUCGUUUUUUGGUCUUUUUAAAAAGAAAUAAAAUUUACUUUGAUUAUUUUGAUGUCAUUUAUCUUUAUUUAUUUUUAAUAUUAAAAUUGUAA